AUGUCGUUUUGUAGCUGGAAAGGAGAAGAAUAUUAUAGGGAUCACUUUGAAGUUGGAAUUUACGUUUGUUCAGAAUGCGGUUAUGAAAUGUUUUCGAGCAUUGCUAAAUACGAACACCACACUCCGUGGCCUGCGUUCAGACAACCUUUUCAUUCGGAUUCAUUGAAAAAAAUACCCGAGGAUGGAAGGCCGAAUGCCUUGAAGGUUUCUUGCGGAAGGUGUGGCAACGGUUUGGGACAUGAAUUUUUAAAGGAUCGAGACGAUGGAGGUUCGAGAUUUUGA